UUAAAAACUCGAAAUACGUCAGGAACCUUCCCUUGGCGCUCUUUCCUUAGAAACUGAGCAGCUCCGCGACCGUCCCACUACCCUCACACCCAAGAAAACUCGGACACUCCGGGAAAAUGAGUUCUAAAGAGACCUGCCGCAACGAGCUCCGCGCCGCCGUUCGCCACCUCGGCGACCGCUGCCUCUACUCCGCCGCCAAAUGGGCCGCGGAGCUCCUCGUCAGCGUCGAUCCCGACGCCCCUCCCUCCUCCGCCGCCUCCUCCGUCGCCUCCCGCGCCACCCCCUCCUCCUCCGGCGCCGGCGCCUCCUCCCGCUCUCUCCACCUCCACCGCCAACAGUACCACCGCGACGGAUCCAGCUUCCGCCGCCGCUUCCGCUCCGGCGGCGCCGCCGCCGACGUCACCUCCACCCCCCUCGGCGGCGUCUCCUACGUCAGCACGCCGAUCCCCGACGACGACGGCGGAUUCGAGGGCGGCGGCGACUCCUACCUCCUCGCCAAGUCCUACUUCGACUGCCGCGAGUACCGCCGCGCCGCGCACGUGCUGAGGGGCCAGGCCGGGCGGAAGGCCGUCUUCCUCCGGUGCUACGCCCUCUACAUGGCUGGUGAAAAACGGAAAGAGGAAGAGAUGAUAGAACUGGAGGGACCCAUGGGCAAGUGUAAUGCUGUGAACAGCGAACUGGUUUCUUUGGAGAGGGAGCUAUCAACUCUUCGUAGGUCUGGUGCUAUUGAUUCCUUCGGUCUUUAUUUGUAUGGCCUCAUACUAAGAGAUAGAGGCUCUGAGAGCCUCGCUAUUUCAGUCCUCGUCGACUCGGUUAACAGCUAUCCUUGGAACUGGUCUGCCUGGUCUGAGCUCCUUUCUCUGUGCACCACCAGUGAUAUCUUAAACAAUCUAAACCUCAAAAACCAUUGGAUGAAAGACUUCUUUCUUGCAAGCGCAUACCAAGAACUUAAAAUGCAUGAUGAAGCUUUGAAAAGAUAUGAAAUUUUAAUGGGAGUAUUUCGGUUAAGUGACUAUAUACAAGCUCAGAUUGCAACAGUGCAGUAUAGUAUGAGGGAACUUGAUGAAGCUGAGGUUAUAUUUGAAGAACUUCUUAGAACUGAUCCUUAUCGUGUUGAUUCCAUGGAUAUAUAUUCAAAUGUACUUUAUGCUAAAGAGAGCCUCUCUGCAUUAAGUUUCUUAGCUCACAGGGUAUUUUUGACGGAUAAGUAUCGGCCGGAGUCUUGCUGCAUCAUUGCGAAUUACUACAGUCUGAAGGGGCUGCAUGAAAAAUCAGUUUUGUAUUUUAGGAGGGCUUUGAAACUUAACCGGAAGUACCUCUCAGCAUGGACUCUAAUGGGUCAUGAAUAUGUUGAAAUGAAAAACACACCAGCUGCAAUUGAUGCUUAUCGAAGGGCCGUUGAUAUAAACCCUAGGGAUUACCGGGCCUGGUACGGUCUUGGGCAAACCUAUGAGAUGAUGGGUAUGCCUUUCUAUGCACUCUAUUACUUUAAAAAGUCAUCAUGUUUACAACCAAAUGAUGCACGGCUUUGGAUUGCUAUGGCUCAAUGUUAUGAAAGUGCUCCACUUCAGAUGCUUGAAGAAGCUAUUAAGUGUUACAUGAGGGCUGCGAAUAGUAACGAUAGGGAAGGAAUAGCACUUCAUCAGCUAGCAAAGUUGCACAGUAUACUUGGGCAUUCUGAACAAGCGGCAUUUUAUUAUAAGAAAGAUCUAGAGCGAAUGGAAGCAGAAGAUAGGAAGGGACCUAAUAUGAUUGAAGCUCUUCUUUUCUUAGCUGAUCACUACAAAUCUGUGGGUCGGUUUGAUGAAGCUGAAGUUUAUUGUACCAGGCUCUUGGAUUACACUGGUCCUGAGAAGGAGACAGCAAAGACCAUCCUACGAGGACUGAAAAUAGCUCAUUCUGGUUUUCCACCAAUGGAAAUUGACCAUUUUUCUGCAUGAACUUCACCCAUCAUGUAAUUUAAUGAUACUGGAAAUCAUAUUCGAAUGCGAAACGAGCCAUCUCAUUUACAGGGAGAGGAAGGAGAGGAAAGGUUUAAUAGAUAUUAACUUCCUAUAAUUGAGAAAUAACCGUGCAAAUUACAAAUCAAAUUAUCAAAAAGCUGAGUUUAUCAACGACUUCCCCACCUGAUAUACAUUGAGGAUUACAUAUCUACAACGUGAAGGUCAUUGUGUUUAGCCUUGCCAAGCGGUUCGCGAUGGCUGGAGAAGUGGAUCUUGGACACAUAAUACCUUGAUAGAGCUUCUGAAGUUUAGCAACCAGAAGCACAAGGCGCCUGCAUGGUGCGAGAAUGAGGGUGAAUGGAAUGACCCAGAUACCGAAUUCCAGUAUCAGCAUCUUAACUCUUUCCUUGCAAGUUUCUUAGUGCCUUUUGCUGUCGUUUGUUCCAGGCUGCUUUAUUUAUAUAGCCCUGUAGUUUCUUUCUGAUGAUGCUUAUUAAUCUUAUUUCUACAAUGUGGGCUUAUCAUCUAUAAUCGUUCAUGAGGCCAAGAAUUUAUUGAAGUCCGUUUGAUUGAUUAGGUGAUUAAUAGGCUUUAUUUAGAAUAUUUUAUGGUUGAUGAUGGUAUUGAUUUGAUAAUUUCCUUGAUGAGGUACUACAUUUAAUAAACAAUUUAAGUACAAGACAUUACUUGACA